AUGAUUCCUCCACCAGGUGUUCCUCAUAAUCCAGGAGAAGUUUGCAGAUUGAAGAAGGCUCUUUAUGGGCUUAAACAAGCUCCCCGAGCCUGGUUUGAAAAAUUCUCCAUCGUGAUUACUUCUCUCGGCUUCCAUCCCAGUGCACAUGAUUCAGCUCUCUUUGUUAGGUGUACUUCUUCUGGCCGCACUUUACUCUCUUUAUAUGUUGAUGAUAUGAUUAUCAUCAGUGAUGAUGCGAAUGGGAUAACGGAGUUGAAAACGCACUUGACUCGUGAAUUUGAGAUGAAAGAUUUGGAUCCCUCUCUAUAUCGCACUCUGGUUGGUAGCUUAGUGCACUUUACUAUCACCAAGCCAGACAUUGCUCAUGCAGUUCACAUUGUCAGUCAGUUUGUUGCAUCUCCCACUACCGUUCAUUGGGCAGUUGUGCUUCAUAUUCUUCGAUAUCUUCGGGGAACUCAAUUUCAGAGUUUGCCUUUUCCAUCUACGUCUACUUUACAGUUACGUGCCUACUUAGAUGCAGAUUGGGGUGGUGAUUGUACUGAUCGCAAAUCUACCACUGGUUUUUGUAUAUUUUUGGGAGAUUCUCUUAUUUCUUGGAAGAGUAAAAAACAGACUGUUGUCUCUCGAUCGUCUACAGAAGCAAAAUAUCGUGCCAUGGCCUCCACUACCGCUGAAAUUGUUUGGUUGCGUUGA